CAAUUGUCUACCAACUUACUAUAUUUUCCGCUUCACAAUGCCUUCCCUUCAAGAGAGUAAGCUCUCCUUUAUUGGCGGUGGCAACAUGGCCUCCGCCAUCAUCGGAGGCCUGGUGAACCAGGGCGUCCAAAAACAGAACAUCUGGGUUUCCGAGCCAUGGGACGUUAACCGGGAGAAGAUGGCUGCCCUGGGAGUGCAGACCACGACUGUCAACGUUGAGGCUGCAAAGGACGCCGAUCUGGUCAUCAUUGCCGUCAAGCCACAGGUUACCAAGGGCGUGUGUGAGGAACUGGGAGCUGCCUGGUCGCAGCGUACGACCUUGCCCGUUAUCGUCAGCAUUGCUGCCGGAAUCACUCUUGAUAGCUUGACCCAAUGGCUCAAGACCACCGACGGACGUACAGCACACGUUGUCCGUGUCAUGCCCAACACCCCCGCUCUCGUUGGGGAGGGCGCUUCUGGUCUGUUCGCUAGCAAGGAUGUGACGUCGGAAGAGAAGGAGCUCGUCAAUGCUGUUCUUGGAAGCGUCAGCAAGGCUACCGAGUGGGUGGAUAAGGAAGAAUUGCUCGACGUCGUUACUGGGCUGUCUGGUUCGGGACCCGCCUACUUUUUCGCCAUGGUGGAACAUCUGAUUGCCAGUGCCACUGCUCUGGGUCUGUCAGAAGAGCAGGCGACUCGGCUGGCUUCGCAGACAUGUCUCGGUGCUGGUAAGAUGCUUGCCGAGUCGUCAGACAGCCCGACUCAGCUGCGCAAGAAUGUUACUAGCCCGAACGGAACCACAUAUGCCGCCCUCCAAACAUUCGAGUCCUUGGGCUUCAAGGAGACUGUCGAUAAGGCAGUCAACGCGGCUACGUCUCGUGCAGCAGAGUUGGGAAACACCCUUGGGAAGCAAUAGAUAUCACUCUAAAUUGCUGUGUCAGUAACUAGUCAAUGAAAAAAGUACCGCAUGUGCUUCAGAAGCUAAUUAGCGUGAGGGGCAGUAGAGCGAGUGUAGCUGAAAGGCAUAUUAUAUUCGAAUAUUCUGGAUUCUUUAUGUAGACAUACUUAAUCUGUAGUAAUAUUAGGGCUGAAAUU